AUGAACCACGCCAUGGUGAUUAUCUCACAGUUUCUGUGGUCAAGAUUCUGGCGUUACUUCGCUGAUCCUCUGCUUUGGGGCCUCUCCGAGACUGCAGUCAAGGUGUCCGUGGUCUGUGGCUAUCUUAAGGCUCACCUGGGGAAAGCCGUGUUCCCAGUGAGCUUGUUGGCAGGAUACAGCUCCUCACGGGCCUUUGGAGAUGACAUCCCGUCACCUUUGCUGUGUUUAGAGUAUAUCGCUGGCCCACACUCCCUCCCCGGGAAGAGAAUCAACAAGGCGCUGUAUCCCAAGAGCUGGGGACCACAGGGCCCAUUCGAGAAGUCCGUCUACUCCAUUGGCUAUCUUGUCGUCACCUUGUGUGGCCAAGAGCUGCUGGGCCUGCAGCCUGAGGACUCAGCAGCUGCGGCCUCAUCCUCCCCAGCUGACCUCUUCAGCCGUUCCCAGCUCAUGGGCUGUAUUAAUUUUGUCAUCUGGCCAGGAAUGGGCAGAUCCUGCUGGCCAGCAAAGAAUGAAGCCGAAGUGGUGCAAAAGAGAAUAGGGUCCCCAUCUCCAGGCAGUUCCUCACCCCUGGGUGCAGAGUCUUUGAGCACACCCCUUCAUCCUGGUGACCCCGCAGAAGCCUCCACAAAUAAAGAGUCAAGAAAAAGCUUGGCUUCAUUCCCAACCUACGUUGAAGUUCCUGGACCUUGUGACCCUGAGGACUUGAUUGAUGGAAUCAUUUUUGCUGCUAAUUACCUUGGCUCCACCCAGCUGCUCUCAGACAAAACUCCCUCCAAAAACGUGCGAAUGAUGCAGGCCCAGGAAGCAGUAAGCAGGAUCAAGAUGGCCCAGAAAUUAGCCAAAAGCAGGAAGAAGGCUCCUGAAGGUGAAUCUCAGCCAAUGACUGAGGUGGAUCUCUUCAUUUCUACCCAGAGAAUCAAAGUAUUGAACGCCGACACGCAGGAAACCAUGAUGGACCACCCUCUGAGGACCAUUUCCUACAUAGCAGAUAUCGGGAACAUUGUUGUGCUGAUGGCCCGCAGGCGGAUGCCCCGCUCCAACUCCCAGGAGAACGUGGAAGCCUCCCACCCAUCCCAGGAUGGAAAAAGGCAGUACAAGAUGAUCUGCCAUGUCUUCGAGUCUGAAGAUGCCCAGCUGAUCGCACAGUCCAUUGGGCAGGCCUUCAGCGUGGCAUACCAGGAGUUCCUCAGAGCCAACGGGAUUAACCCCGAAGAUCUCAGCCAGAAGGAGUACAGUGACCUGCUCAACACCCAGGACAUGUACAACGACGACCUCAUCCACUUCUCCAAGUCCGAAAACUGCAAAGAUGUCUUCAUAGAGAAGCAGAAAGGGGAAAUCCUAGGUGUGGUGAUUGUGGAGUCUGGCUGGGGAUCCAUCUUGCCAACUGUGAUCAUAGCCAACAUGAUGCACGGAGGCCCGGCAGAGAAGUCAGGGAAGCUGAAUAUUGGGGACCAGAUCAUGUCCAUCAACGGCACCAGCCUGGUGGGCCUGCCUCUGUCAACCUGCCAGAGCAUCAUUAAGGGCUUGAAGAAUCAGGCGCGGGUGAAGCUGAAUAUCGUGAGGUGUCCGCCGGUGACCACCGUGCUGAUCAGGAGACCGGACCUUCGCUACCAGCUGGGGUUCAGCGUCCAGAAUGGAAUUAUUUGCAGCCUCAUGCGAGGGGGAAUAGCAGAGAGAGGAGGCGUCCGUGUGGGACACCGCAUCAUUGAAAUCAACGGGCAGAGCGUGGUGGCCACCCCACACGAGAAGAUCGUCCACAUCCUCUCCAACGCUGUGGGGGAGAUCCACAUGAAGACGAUGCCGGCUGCCAUGUACAGACUGCUGACGGCGCAGGAGCAGCCCGUCUACAUCUGAGGCCGCGCCCCGGGGUGGCUUGCAUGGAGGACUCUCCUCACUUGUGGUUGUGUUUCUCGUGCUGCAUCUGUGUGCCCACUGAGACCUUCCCCUCUCACGCCCAGCACUCGGUUUGACACGGAGGAAAAGAAUCCACAGCGACCUCCCUCUCUCUCUCUCCAGUUUGCUUUCUUUGUUUCAAAUGCCAGGGAAGUCUUGUAUGCACUCCCUUGAGGCUGGAGAGCAGGUCAAAGCCACCUAGAAUCUGCCGAGGACCUUCCUGAAGGGCCCUUGAGGGAGGGGGAUGCCUGAGGAGGGUUGUCGCCACCCUGCGCCCUCCCUUUCCGAGAGGUGCAGACCUCCGAGGAGGAGCCCCUCGGGACGUGAGGAAGCCGAUUCCGCAGUGCCUACGAUCCAGUGGCCGAUGUGUGCUCUCUCCCAGUCAGCUCAUGGGAAUAUGGUGGUAAUGGGGGGCCGGCCCACCGUGUACCUGGGGCAUCAUAUGCUAUUUCCUCACAGAAUUUCUGAGCCAACCUUAUGCCUCUUCUAUAGCCAGUUUUAGUUUCAACAUUUUCUAAUGUGAACCUUUUCACCCCGGGACAGAAGGGGAGCUACUGUGAGGCGGAUACCCAUGCAGAGAACUGGGCAAUUCCCGAGGUUCCCAACCGUUAGAUAAACAGGCGGGUACUUCUGCCCCCUUCCGCACCACACGUACGUACACACGUCUCACUUGCAUAUAUUCCACCCUGCCCUCCUCCCCACCACCAGUCAGGCAGCCAGAGCCCCUGGAAAACCUACAUGGCCUCUCUGUGCGGCCCCUUCCCCCCAGGUGAGGGCCGCAGGGGCUGGGGAGCCCUGUCCGCAGAGAGACGGCCCUCUGAGGCUGAGGUCCAGCCCUGCCGGCAGCUCCUUGGCUCAGCGGGUUCUGCUGGACUCCCAUGCACCCCACCUCAACACAUACCCCCCCACACACUGGGAGUCUGGACAGGAUGGACUGCUCCCCUUGAAGAUGAGGAACCCAGUGUGAUCGUGCUAACACUUCCUGGUCCAAGGUGGGACCAGCCUCCUCUUCUUCUCAGGACCACGAGGCAGGAUGUGACAUUUGAGAGGCCAGCGCCGUACAUAGACCACAAAACUAAGGGGACAGUCGUGACCUCAGGCGAUGCCUAAGAAUCCCCAGAUGAAUUCCAAAAACAUCUUGCUGCCUCGGGGGCCUGAAAAAGCUUUUACUUGGUGUGGAAUGUUACGUGUUCUCGUCAGGCGCCUCAUGUCCGUGGGUUUCGUUCGUCUCGGUUCGGUGCAGAUAUUUUCGUAAUACCAUGAUUCUGAGCCAGUUUUCACUUACUCCUGGUCCAAAGAGCACUUUUGUUUCCAUGUGGGUGGGGUGUGGCUUCGUUUGGUUUUUGUUGUGUUCCGUUCGUGACCUCCACAGAGACAGGGUCAGAGAAACUAUUUUGUGAUAUUAUUAUAGUCCCUGUUCUCAACAUCUGGGCUCUUUAUGUUGUGUCUGUGGAAAUAGCAACCUGGUGAGCACAUGUUGGGUAGUAUGGAUUUAUACCUCGAAUAGAGGGAUUUCAGGGAGGGAGAAGAUGAAUAAGAAAAGACUGGAAACAAGAGACUUCCGCCAGAGAGGUUGUGCAGUCAGCGCCCCGGGAUCUCUGUGCUGAGUUUUCUGCGUAGGCAGGAAAGCCAGGUGCUUCAGUGGCGUUAGUGGCUGGACUCCCAGGGUGACCGUGAGUCAGACCCUGCCAGAGGGGCUAUGCUGCCCACACAUCCCCCCUGGGAAAGGGGCUGCCCCUUCUCCAAGGGUCCAGGGUGGGCAGUAUGAGACCCCUGGACGACUUUUGAGGUUGCUGCUAAGUAGGAGACCAGCCCCAAGGCUAACCCACUGCGAACAUGAGGAGCCACGAACCCCAGUACCAUUUACCAAACUGUAGUGUCUGCUGACAUACAAUUAAGUACUCAAGAGUCCUGAGUUCACCUUUGCCAGAGAGAGUGGGUAAAACAGGAAUGCAGCAUUCUGGGUGGCAUUGGGAAAUAACCGGAGAGUGGCUCGUGCCCUCUGCUCCCAGGUAAGCUCUCGAGCCGCCUGUCCCCACGCCCCUUCAGAGGCGUCGGUGGUCGGCCACUGGACAGGCACCCCACCAGCACAUCCCCACAUAAUUACAAUGAAGCGUCUUCACCCAAAGGAAAUUACAAUGAAGCGUCUUCACCCAAAGGAGAGGAGGAGGCAGGCUACACUUCCUAUUGCUACUGCACAAAAAUCUUAGGUUUGGCAGGUGUUUUUGACAAGGCCGGUUUGGUAAACUCUCCUAGAAGACUAACAUUUUAGUGUAAGAUUAUCCCACCACAUACCUUUGUGUCAGUAAGAGUGGCUUCUCACACCCGGAUAGCCAGAUCUCUAGCUUGGUGGAGGUUCAGUCGGCUGUAGUAUGUUCUUACCUGCCUGCUCCCUCUGGGUGGAGGGGAGUCAACCUAUCUUCAGAAGUUAACCAGGAGGCAGGAUCUUAACAGACAUUCCGUUUGGGAAGUCUCACAGGAAGUGAUGGCCUGUUUCCCUCUGACAUCCCAGUAUAUAUAGUUACAUAUGUAAAUAUCUGAAAACCCCAGGUAAUGGCAAAAACUAUGUACAGAGCAGCCUUCCCAAUGUGGCCCUGGGCAAAAAGCCACUGUCGCCACUUGGCUUGGACAUGCUGGUGACUCAGCUUUGGGGAUAGAUGCCCAGAUCCAUCUACUCCCUCCUGGUCCAGCCAGGGUGUUCCAGAACCCGUCCUGCCUCUGCCUUCUCAAAUGUGACCAUUUCAGGGAGCCACCCUCAGCCUUGGGUUCACGAGAGGAUGAAGCCCCCAGAGACCAGUGCCGAGCCUGCUCCCCUCUCGGGAGCGGCUCCUCCAGGCCUGGAGCCCAUCACGGGGCCCUGGACUCUUGAGUCCCUGCAUCCGGGUCUGCUUUCCCAACAUUGUCCAUCGGCCCCGGCCUCAGAGAGUCCCAGAGUAACCUACUACCUCCCCAUCGCUCCCACUAUCCCGGUCACACCCGCCACCCCGUCUGCACACAGAUGAGAGCCGCCCACGAGCCCUUCUUGGGUCCCUGGGCCCAGCAGUGAGGCUGUUACCAAUGUUUACAAUCAGGGCACCUCCUCUGGGGCGUGUUUACUCUCCCACUCCCAAGGCCACUUGCUGGUUUGAGUUUCGUGUCCAUCUGCUCCUUCCCUGGUUGAGGCCGACUUGAACACACAACCCUGAUCUUACGUCCCGACCCUCCGUCAAGGCCAUGGUGAGGACUGUGUGGGGAGGAUAUUCCUUGUACAUACUCAGCACAGCCCCUAGAGUUUGGACUUGUACUAUUGUUCUGUAAAGAGGGUGAAAUAGAGCUUAUUGUAAAGCGUUGGGAGAAGUAUAGUAUUGUAUUUGUAACAAUAUGGUUCUUUGUAUACACAAAACUCAAUGAUCUCUAUAUAUAAUUAUAAAUAGAUAUAAAUAAGAUAUAUAUACACGUGAGCCUGGAAUGUUGAUGCCGCACACCCACUGAAUGUAUUUCCCCUGACAGUCUGGUCACUGGGCUGGCCCGCCCUCCCCUCCUCCGUACUGUUUCGGAGGUUGUGAUGUAUUUAACGUGUUCCCUUCCUUUAUUUAACUGAACGCUAAUGUCUGUAAGAGUUGCCGCAACAAUAAACAAGAACGUCACCUCUUGG